AUGUUGUCGCAAAAGCUUGCCGCCAUUACCCUCAAUCGAACGGAUACCGAACCACUCCCCGUUGGCAUCGCUCCAAAGGUGUUCUCGCCACAAUACCGUUGGCGUUCAGACCAGCCAAAACCGCAAUCGAAGGAAUGGACGCAUCGAUUGAGCGCCGAGUCUCUUCUCCGGCAGGCCUCCACGCUGAAGGCAUCUGCGAGCUCCAAAGCCAUAGUUCCUAUUUGCAAUCUUGGUGUUGCUCGUCCCGUUGCGUCGACAAUUCCAUGGAAUGCCAUGGCGAUGUCGUUGAAGGAGUCUGCCACGGUUGGCAUUUCCCCACAAGAUAAAAGUGCCUCAAUGUCCUGCAUCGAGGGCGAGCUUGACUGGGACCUGGGUCAUGCACUCAACUAUGGCCACUCGGCGGGAUCACCGCAACUCCUUCGGUUUAUUACCGAGCACGUGGAACUGGUGCAUGAGCCACAGAUCAGAGACUGGGCCACGAGCUUGACUUGUGGUAACACAAGUGCGCUGGACAUCAUCCUACGCAUGCUGUGUGAACGUGGAGAUUGGCUGUUGACUGAAGCAUACACGUAUCCUGGCACGUUGGAGAUGGUGAAGCCCAUGGGAAUCAGUCUUCUCGGCAUUGCGAUGGAUGAGCAAGGACUUCUUCCGGAUGCUCUGGAGCAACAGCUGGUGACGUGGGACUCGACUCGCGGGCGUAAGCCCUUUGUGCUUUAUAUGAUUCCAUGUGGACAAAAUCCUACUGGUGCGACACAAGGUCUCGAAAGACGCAAAGCGAUUUAUGAAGUCGCAGAACGCCACGAUCUGAUCAUCGUCGAGGACGAUCCGUACUUUUUCCUGAGACUUGGCGAAUAUGGCGCUUCGCCUCCCGCUUCCGCAGACGAGUACCUGGCCAAUCUUCCCCAAUCGUACCUUUCUCUCGAUCGUUCCGGAAGAGUGCUUCGACUUGAUGCAACAUCCAAGAUUCUGUCCGCAGGCCUGCGUGCUGGUUGGGUCACAGGUUGUGAGCAGCUGAUCAACCAAUUUAUUUACCACACUGAGUUCUGCACCACUGCUGUCAGCGGUCCCUCGCAGAUCCUGAUGUAUAAACUGCUGGAUCAGACGUGGGGGCAUCUGGGGUUCGUAGAAUGGCUUCGGGCCCUCUCAUCGCGCUACCGCGAGUCGCGUGAUGCAUUGAUUGCAGCCUGCGAGCGAUGGCUUCCCGAAAGCUGUGCUUGGAGUGUGCCUACAUGUGGCAUGAUGGUGUGGGUGCGCGUCGACGUCUCGAAAUUUCCCGACUACUCGCGACUCCACGCGCACGAGGUCGAAGAUGCAAUUCACGCCUCUGCAGUGUCUUCGGGGUUGCUGCUGAGUAAAGGUAGCUGGUUUGCAGUGCAGCAGGCAGAAAUUCCCAGCAAUGUUAUUGCCUUGAGGCUGACGUUUGCUGCUGCGCCCAAGGAAUCAUUCGAUGCUGGCAUGAAGUGUCUGAGAGAUGCGGUCCUUGGUGUCCAAAGCUGCAGCAGGAAUGGUGUUUGAACGUGGUUCCAAAGUCAUGAGGAGUCUAGUUUAGGUACCUAUCAUGAAUGAUGACUGUUUAUUCAAAC